AGAGGGCAGAAAGAGGACGCCAAUGGCCCCAUGGUUAUGGUUUUGUUCCAAAUCAAUCAAAUGGUCUCUGGAAAGAAGCUUCCUCUGCUUAUUCCCAAAAUAAGCCUUUUUUUAAGUUAGUGAAAGUAAUGAAAGUCACCAUUUCAUUCCUGUGUUCAAUUCAAUGCUCUUCAUUUCUCUCUCUUUCUCAAUAAAGGAGCUAAUUUUUUUUACUUGGAGCUUUUUGGGGGUCCUUGGGUUUUAGGUGUUUCUUCCAAAAGUAUGAAUAAUUCUGAUAAAGAGAAGCAAGAUCAGAGGACUAACUCUGGCAUGGAGGAUUCAACUGCAAUGACUAUUGAAUUCCUCAGGGCACGACUCUUGUCUGAAAGGUCUGUAUCAAGAACUGCGAGACAGAGAGCUGAUGAACUAGCAACAAGGGUGGCAGAGCUUGAGGAACAACUAAGGAUUGUGUCACUUCAAAGAAUGAAGGCUGAGAAGGCAACAGCAGAUAUACUUGCUAUUUUGGAGGGUAAUGGGAUUAGUGACAUUUCUGAGACAUUUGAUUCAUGUUCUGAUCGGGACACACCUUGUGAGUCCAAAGUGGGUAACAGGUCCUCCAAAGAAGAAAACUCCAUCAAUUCAAAAGUGAGAAACAAUGACUCAGAAGAACUAUCAGGUUCUGACUUUGAUUUUUCUUCAGUACCUGGUAGAAGCUUGUCUUGGAAAGGUCGCAAAAAUAGUCCACGCUCUCUUGAAAAAUCCAAGGAUUCAUCAAUGAGGAGGCGGAGUAGUUUUUCAUCUGUUGGUUCUUCUCCAAAACAACGACCAGGCAAGUCAUGCCGCCAAAUAAGACGCAAAGAAUCUAGAUCUGUAGCUGAGGAAUAUAAAGCCAGCCCUGUAAAACGUGAUUGUCCAGAAGAUGAAGUUGCUGCCACUUCAGCAAAUUUUCCAAGUUGCUCAGAUUUUGAGCCUAAAAGGGGAGAAGUGAAACCAUUGUUGGAGGACUCGCAUUCAGACUGCUUAGGAAAUGAACGAAAUGCAAGUGAUAAUGGCCUUGAUUAUAAUGUGUACAGAGGAGAUAGAGACAUGGAAAAGGCACUUGAACACCAGGCACAACUCAUUGGCCAAUAUGAAGCAAUGGAAAAGGUUCAAAGAGAAUGGGAAGAGAAAUUCAGAGAAAAUAACAGCAGCACACCGGAUUCAUGUGAUCAUGGGAACCGCUCAGAUAUCACGGAGGAAAGAUAUGAGAUCAGGGAACCAGCUAAAGGCCCUGCUACAACAAAUGCCAUCCAAACUGAAGGGUUGUUGUCAGUAGUUGAAGGUGUGUCCAAUACUCAGCCCCAUGGCUUUCUACCAUCUUCACAUGUUGAUGCGGUAUGCUUGGAGGAAAGAAAAAGCAGUAUUGCUCCUGUUCCUGAAUUCUCCACUCAAGAUUCUGCGUUCCCCAUGGCCAAGGCAAAGCAGAAUCAAAAGAACCCUGGAAACAACGAUCAUUCUCCAUUACUUAUUGCUCACCAUGAUUCAGCUUCAUUUGGUUCACAAUAUUCCUCUGGGAGCCAAUCUGUACUCAGCUUCCCUUCAAAUACAGGUAGUAGUUUUAACAAAGGGAAAGCAACUUCUGGAAGUGAAAAUGAACGUUGCGCAUUGGUGCCACAUAAAGCAUCUGGUGGGUUGGGCGGGGUGCUUGAGGCACUUGAAGAAGCAAGGCAAUCACUCCAACAGAGAAUCAACAGAUUGCCAUCAGUAGCCACAACUGUUAGAAAAUCUGUUGAGUCUUCUGUUUCCACCACAAUCUCAAGGGAUGAAGUACAGAUUCCUGUUGGAUGUGUUGGACUUUUCAGGUUACCGACUGAUUUUUCAGUAGAAGGCAAUACUCGAGCAAACUUACUAAGUUCAAGUGCUCAGUUAAGUUUGGGAAACCAUUAUUCUGAUAGAGGAGUUCCAGCAGCUGCCAGCAAUCAAUUUGUGGCAAGCCCAUACUUACAGGGUAGGUCAAGCUCAUCCACCGAGGAUCAAUUUCUUUCCAGCCAAUAUGUUGGAGGCGGGUCAAGAAUCCCAACACCAAAGCCUUAUUUUGAUCCAUACUUGGAUACAGGUUUACCUUCUUCAAGUAGGUACACUUAUCCCAAUUAUCCCAUUAAUACCUCCUAUCCUGACCUGAUGCCACGUAUCCCCAGUAGAGAAGGAUCCUUAGCACCUGUUCCAGGUAGAAUUGUCAGUAUGCCCAUUUCAAAUCACUUCUCAUUCAUUGAUGAUAAUUUUAGACCAAACAUGUAUAGAUAGUAGCAUGCCAUUGCAGAUCUGCAGGUUUUCUGCAGCUAGCUUUUCUCAGGUUUCAGAUAUAGUUGAUUUUGCAGUAUAAUAGUGAAGGUCAUUACCCUUGAAAGGGCUUGUGUUUGUACCACUCACAUGUUGUAUCAUUGUCUGUUGUAAGAUGAGCUUUGUUGAGAGAUGCAGUUUUACUUGUGUUUCCGUAUUUAA